AUGCUCCUCUAUCUCCUCCUCACCUACCUCCUCUACGCCCUCACCAGCGCCCAUGCCAUCACUCCCCGAGCCGGUUCCCUCACCCAAGUCACCGAUUUCGGUGACAACCCUACCGAUGUAGGCAUGUACAUUUACGUGCCUACAAACCUGGCCAGUAACCCCGGUAUUGUGGUUGCUAUUCACUGGUGCACCGGCACCGGACCCAGCUACUACAGUUCCACCCCCUACGCCACCCUCUCCGAAACCUACGGCUUCAUCGUCAUCUACCCAUCGAGCCCCUACAGCGGAACCUGCUGGGACGUGAGCUCCCAGGCAACACUUACCCACAACGGCGGGGGCAACAGCAACUCCAUUGCGAAUAUGGUCACCUGGACGAUUGAGAAAUACGGAGCUGAUAGUUCAAAGGUGUUUGUGACGGGGAGUAGUUCGGGGGGGAUGAUGACCAAUGUAAUGGCAGCAACCUACCCCGAACUCUUCACCGCCGCAACAGUCUACUCCGGCGUCUCAGCGGGCUGUUUCUACUCCUCCACGGACCAAGUCGACGCAUGGAACUCCACCUGCGCCCAAGGCGAAGUCAUCACCACCCCCGAGCACUGGGCUAGUAUUGCCGAGGCCAUGUACUCCGGGUAUACUGGAUCCAGACCCAAGAUGCAGAUUUACCAUGGGAGUGUGGAUACGACCCUGUAUCCGCAGAAUUAUUAUGAGACGUGUAAGCAGUGGGCUGGGGUGUUUGGGUAUGAGUAUGAUGAUCCGGCGGAGACGGAGGCGAAUACUCCCGAGACGAAUUAUGAGACUACGAUUUGGGGGGAUAAGUUGCAGGGGAUUUAUGCUACGGGGGUGGGACAUACGGUGCCGAUUUUGGGGGAUAGGGAUAUGAUUUGGUUUGGGUUUGCGUAG